AUGGGGCUUGUGUACUCUGAGCCAGUGGUGGCAGCAGCGUACAGUGGAGACUUGCGGCAGCUUCAGACUCUGCUACAGCGCCACCCACAGGACGUCAACAUACAGGACUCCUACUCUGGAGACUCGCCGCUCAUCGCCGCCUGUCGUUGUGGUGAUGUUAGGACCGCCCACUUCCUGUUGGAGAGAGGAGCUGACCCCGCCCAGUGUAACAAGAAGCUGCGUUCUCCUCUUCAUUACGUUUGUCGUCACACUUUGUCAAUGAUAGAUUUCCUGAUGAUUUGUGUCCUGAUGCCUCUGCUGCUGCUGGGAUACUUCCUCAUGUUACAGAAACAUCGAAAUCAGAAAACUCUGUUUCUGCAGCUACUGCAGCGAGGAGCAGACGCCAACACCCAGGACUAUAAGGGAAACACAGCUCUGCACUAUCUCUGUCUGAGGAUGAACCAGCGUCUGCUUCCUGAGCUCCUGAGCCGAACUGACCUUCUCCUCCGGAACCAUGACGGGGAGACGGCGCUGGAUGUCGCUCUGAGACUGAAGGCGAAAAACAUCAUUCGACUGUUUCAGAAAUAUAACUGA